UUCUUUGCAAGAACAGGGUCACUCUGUCUGUCUCUGUCUCUCUCUCCCUCUCUCUCUCUCUCUCUCUCCACAAACAGCCCACAUUUCCAGGAUUUAUUAGAUGUGGACUCCCAUAUUUAGGCUCCAGGAUUUGAUGGGGGAAGAUCUUCUUGUAAUGAAUGCUUUCUGAUCAUUAAUGCUGUAUACAGAAAGAAAGUUUCCUAAUGCAGCUACAAGGUUAUUAGAUAAAUAGUCGCUACGGACUGUAGGCAGGUACUAUUUGUGGAUUGCGUUUUUUGUUUCCUCCGAUUUCUUUUAUAGGAUUUCAGUGGUAGAGAGAUUGGAAUAGAGGGGAGCUAGUAGCCAUGGUGAAGGUUUUGUGGGUUGGGAUUGUAAUCGGAAUUUUUUUUAGCAACUGGGUGGAUGGGUUUGAGGGGUAUAAUCUCAAUGAAACAGCAAUGUCUCUGUUUGAAACGGAGGCUUAUGGACUCUCGAAAGCUACGAAAGUUCCCAAUGCUUUGAUGGUAGGACUUACCCUCAUUCAAGGUGCUGGUGCAAAAGGAGCAGUCUGUUUGGAUGGAACAUUACCCGGAUACCAUUGGCAUCGUGGGCAUGGGUCAGGAGCAAAUAGUUGGCUUAUUCAAUUAGAGGGAGGUGGAUGGUGUAAUAACAUUAGAACUUGUGUUUACCGCAAAAAAACUCUACGUGGAUCCUCAACGUACAUGGAAAAGGAGAUAGCAUUUACAGGGAUAUUGAGCAAUAAAGCUGAAGAAAAUCCUGAUUUUUUCAACUGGAACAGAGUAAAACUUCGUUACUGUGAUGGUGCAUCUUUUGCUGGGGAUGGUGAGAAUAAGGCUGCACAGCUGCAAUUUAGGGGACAACGAAUAUGGUUGGCUGCAAUGGAAGAGUUACUGUCAAAGGGAAUGCACUCUGCUAACCAGGCUCUUCUUUCUGGGUGCUCUGCUGGGGGUCUGGCAUCUAUUUUACACUGUGAUGAGUUUCGAGGUUUAUUUCCAAAAGCUACUAAAGUGAAAUGCCUAAGUGAUGCUGGAAUGUUUCUUGAUGUGGCUGACGUAUCUGGUGGGCACACCCUCAGGAACUUUUUUGGUGGUGUAGUGGGCUUACAGGGAGUGCGGAAUAAUCUGCCACAAAUAUGCACUGACAACCUUGAUCCAACUUCGUGCUUCUUCCCUCAGAACUUAAUUGGAAACACUAAAACACCACUUUUUAUUCUCAAUACAGCAUAUGAUUCAUGGCAGGUCCAAUCAAGUUUAGCUCCACCAUCUGCGGAUCCCUCAGGCUAUUGGCAUGACUGUAGAUUAAAUCAUGAAAAAUGUACUCCAGCCCAGAUCCUAUUUCUGCAAGGGUUCCGGAAUGAAAUGCUGAUGGCAAUAAAACACUUUUCAAUUUCUAAACAAAAUGGGUUGUUUAUAAAUUCAUGUUUUGCUCACUGCCAAACAGAGAGGCAGGAUACGUGGUUUUCUGUUAAUUCUCCAGUUAUGGGAAAGAAGGCGAUUGCACUGGCUGUUGGAGAUUGGUAUUACAACCGAGAAAGCGUGAAAGCCAUUGACUGUCCUUACCCUUGUGACAAGAGUUGCCACCAUCUGGUUUUCAGAUGAGCCAAGUUUUACUGAUUGGUAGACUCACCUGGUGAUUUUCUCGGGGAACUAUUUAUUUCCAUUUGAUAUUUGAAAGAACUCAGCAACUAAAUUGAAUUUGUUAGAUGACAAAAAGGAGAAGAAAAAAAUAAAGGUUUCUAAGAAGUGCAAAUAUAUUCAAUGCCUUGUUCAGUGAUAUACAAUGUCAUGAUAAAUGGAGUUUAUAUUACCAGUUUA